UUUUAGUUAAAAAUAAAGAAGAUGCAGAGGAGACAAAGCUCAACAGCAUUUAUUAAUUGUCUAUGACAAUGAGAAGAGCUCACCAACAGGAAAAUCAGACGCCAAUGUUCACUACCUGGCCGAAAUACAAAGAUUACUAAAGAGACCCAAGAGAUGGAAGAAGAUAUAGGCCAAAUAUUAGGCUACAACAAGAAUAUUGAAUGCCUUCCCAUCUGAUCCUUGGAUAAAGUAGCAAUCAAUUGCAUUUGUAAGUCUAAAGAACUCAGCAAGGAAGCUAUAUCAAACCACAAUUGAGGUAAAGAGAGCCAAAAUGACUCUGAAGAUAUCCUGGAUAAUGAUUUAAAUCAGAAUUUAGCUGAAGACACCUCUGCUAUAGUGAAACCUGAAGAGGUUUCCCAAAAUCCGACCGAAAAAGAUGCUCAAUCAAAUGUAGUAGAACCCCAAAGCAACGAAGCAAAUGAUAAUCUCGGAGACUACAUCACCCAGGUUGUCACAGACAUCGGAAGCCCUCUCAUCGGUCCAGAUCUCGUCAAUAAGUUCAGCGAAGCGUCUCGGAGCAGGUUCAAGAGUGGCAGCCGCACUCAACACUGUAAGAUGGCUUCUGUGUCAAACCCAGAUGGAGUUUCGUGUGAAGAGUACAGCCAGUUUGCACUCCAUGCCAUUAAGUACCUGAGCUACCUCAAAGAUUACCCGGCCCCAGCUCUUGACGAACUCUCCGAUUUAGGCAAAAUGGUUGACUUCACACCGACUCAGCCAGGAAGAAAACUGGUUGUGUUCGACCUCGAUGAAACGCUGGUGCACUGCAUUUUCAACGACCCAGACAUCCAUGAUGCAGACGUGUUUCUGGACAUUAAAAUGCCGAACGGAAGAACUGCCAACACCGGCUUCAACAUCAGGCCAUACUGGCAAGAACUCAUGGAUGGAAUCAAGAAGCACUGGGACAUUGUUGUGUUCACAGCGUCAUGCAAGAAUUAUGCAGACGCCAUUCUGGACUACAUGGAUCCUGACAACGAGUACUUCGAGCGGAGACUUUACAGAGAAACUUGUUACAAAACAGAAGAUGGCGUAUAUAUCAAAGACUUGAGGGUAUUUAAAGAGUGGGCUCUUGAAGACGUCAUAUUGGUCGACAACGCUGUGUACUCUUUCGGAUUCCAACUCGAUAACGGAAUCCCUAUCUUCCCUUACAUCCAAGGCAAAGAUGAUAUGCAAUUACUUCACUUAAAAGAGUAUCUUCAAUUCCUAGAGGAAGCUCCUUCUAUCAAAGAUAUUGCCAAAACUUUCAGAAUGAGCAGCUUGUGAAAGGAUAUUGAUGAGCUCCUUCCUAUCUAUGAUCCUCAAAAUCAAGAAGACGAUGAGUGAAUGGGUGUUCUACUGAAGAAAAUGAUGAAUAACAAAGAUUUUAUCGACAAGGCAAACCAAAGCCCAAGCUUUGAGAAUGGGCAAUUCUCAUAUCAGAACCGACCUUCCUGCCCUGAAGUAACUUUAGAUGAAGAAUCAAAGAAAUUGAGCCCUGCAAUAGACUCUGAUGACUUUCCAAGAAGCCAUAGUAACAAUAUUGGGAAAGUAGACCCCUAUGAGUUCAACGAAGCAGAGGACCUCGACAACAUAAUCCUCUCUAAUCUUGAUGACAACCUUUUGGAUGAAACUACAUCAAAGAAAAAGAAAAGAAAUAGACUGACCAUGCUCCGCAAAAACGUCAGUGUAAUUUAUAGCAAAGAAAAGAAACUUGACGGCACAGAUGAACUCACUUAUUCAGCUGCUGAUGGUAGCUCUAACACUGACAGUCAUAAGAAAGUAGGCACACCACAAAUAAUCUCAAAGAAGACUAAGAAGAGAAGGAAACUGAAGAACUUGAAGAAUUCUAAAGGAGGAUCAAGCACUGUAACUGAGCAUGUUAAACUUGAUGAGGCUGCACCUUGUAAGCAAAUCUCUUUAUUCAAGAAAGCACCUAACUAUGAUAUGGAUGAAGACCGCAGCUUUUCUGAAUCUCCUCCUCCAAAGGAUAGAGUCGUUUCUUGCUUUGCUUCUAAGGGAGAACCAUAUGUGUUUAAGAGAGAUGAUCAAUUUAGUAAGAGUGAUCAGUUCCAUAGUAAACGGAACUCUUCUCCUCUUGGAGAUGAUGCUGAAGAUUGUUUGAUAAAAUCUUCUACCAAGCCUUUCCAGAAAAGGACAAAUAGUAACUCUAGCUGUAGCUCUGAAUUCGAAAGGUCAGAGGGAGAUAAUAUAGGAUCUACUGAUACUACUAGUAAGAAAACAAAAUCUUGCUACACUAUCUCUGAAGGUACUCCUAAUGAUCAAGUAAAAGGAGUCUCUUAUACAGUUUCUCCAUCUGGGGAUACUAUAAAAGAGGCAUCCAAAGAUGAGGAGUGCUCUCCUGACAUUCGGAGAGAUGAAUCAAGACGAGAUUCAUACUCUGAAGAACUUGCAGGUCUUCGUGCAUUCUUUGGUCAUGAUCAAACUCCUAGUGCUAAGAGAAAUUCAAAUGCUAAUCCUAAGGAUAAGUCUAAGUUUUGAGGAAAGCUUAAGAGGAAAUCAAAGCAUAAGAAGCACAAACUAACUCUUCAAAAAUGUGAAUAUCGUGAAGAUGAUUUUUAGGCUAUUCACCUAAAUUCUUAUACCAUUUUAUAUGAAUAAUAUAGUCAAAACAAUAU